AUGAUCAGAUCUGUAGCAUCCAGGGUCCUCUCUCGCUCUUUGCGUAGUAGUCGUAGUACCGAAUACAUAGCUAGCAAGAUCGAGAAAGGUGCAAGUGGCAGAGAAGAAUCGUAUGCUGAAACCAGACAAGCUAUCCCCACCUUGACUAUCUCAAAAUUUGGCUUGACCCCGGAACAGAGUGCCGCUUGCAAGAGGUUGAGAACAUGCUUUGCAUCGUCUUCGACUAAUCACCAAACAAUUGAUAGAUUAAGGGGGGAAGAUCAAAGUUUAUUUCGAACUGAAAAGGGUAGAUCUGAACUUUCUGACCUUAGUACCAGUUUAUUCAACAUUCAGUAUGGAGGUGUAAGAGGUGUUAACUGGAGGGCUAAGGAAGAUGACUAUUUUGAUAUCAGAAGUCUGGUAGACAGCUUGGUAGAUGCCACGUAUGUACCUGGGAUAGGUGAGGAUCAUGAGAAGGAAUGCGCCUCUGACGAAUGA